AAGGAAACACAACACAACACAACUCACAUCCGACAAAAUGAAAUUCGUCAUUGUAUUCGCUGCUCUCUUGGCCGUAGCUUUGGCUCGUCCUGAUGCUGAAAUCACUCGCCUAGAUUCUGAUGUUCAACCUGAAGGAUUCAAAUUCGGCGUUGCUACUAGUGACGGAUUCAUACAUGAUGCUGAAGGUCACCUCUUGAACGUUGGCAGUGAUCACGAAGAAAUCUCAGUUAAAGGCUCAUACAGUUUCGUUGGUGAUGAUGGCCAAACCUACACUGUUAACUAUAUUGCUGAUGCCAAUGGUUUCCAACCACAAGGUGCUCAUUUGCCAGUUGCUCCAGAAGCUUAA